CCUCCUCCCAUUCCAAGACUUUGAUCAAUUAUUUCCUCAGCUUAGCCUCCUAUUUGUGAAGGAAGGCCGCAGGUGACUUCCAGGCAAACGCAGCGAAAGUAAGCGAGCGAUCAGACUCAGAUUUCCCAAGUCACCGGGCACACUCAAUUCGGAGAUCCAACCCUCCGUUGUCCUACCAGGAUGAAGAGAAAGUGGGAGGGAAAAGAGUCGGAGAUGGCAGUUCCGACAAGCAGUAGCUGCGAUGACGGAUCGGGAAGGGGCUACGAGGUGUUCCUGAAUUUCAGAGGUCCCGAUACCCACUUAACCAUCGCCGAUUGUCUUUACAAUGACAUGAUCCGCGCGGGGAUCCGUGCUUUCAAAGACAACGAAGAGCUCCGAUUUGGCGAAGAGAUCGAAGAGGGCCUCUUGCAAGCGAUCAACGAGUCCAGGAUUUACAUCCCAAUUUUCUCCAAAGACUACGCUUCAAGCAAGUGGUGCCUCCGUGAGCUGGCACGCAUAUUGGAGUUAUCGAGAGAUGACCAUGAGAAAGUGAUCCUCCCUAUCUUCUUCGAUGUGGACGCGGAUGACGUCAAGCUUAAGACUAACUUAUAUCGAAAAGCCCUUCGGAAGCACAAGACCGAGUACGGGAAGGAUUUUGCAGAGAAGUGGAAGAAGGCUUUGAGAGAGGUUGCCAGAAUUAGAGGAAGGAAUCUAAAAGAUCACGGCCUUCAUAAACUUACAAACCUCAUGGUGGAAGAGGUUUCUAGUCUGUUAUGGACAAGACUACCGGACGUGCCUAAUCAUUUGGUGGGAAUUGAGGAUAGAAGGGAUCACGUUAUGAAGCUGUUAGAUCUAGGAGCUGUUGAUGUACGGUAUAUCGUGAUUCAUGGUAUGGGUGGCAUCGGAAAGACGACACUAGCUGAUGUCAUCUUCAGGCAAAUCUCCCCUGAAUUUCAAGAUCGUUGCUGCUUUCUUAAAGAUGUUCGGACUCAUGAUAUAUUAGACUUACAAAAGAAAUUGUUAUCCGACAUUCUCCAUCUUAGAUGCACAGACCUCUCCGCUGCUAAAGUGGAUGACAUGAUCAAGACAAGAUUUCGUGGCAAGAAAGUCUUGAUUGUUCUUGAUGACAUCAACAAUCAGGACCAAAUCAAGAAACUUGCAGACGAGCCCAACUGGUUUGGUGGAGGAAGUAGAAUUAUCGUAACGACGAGGAAUAUUGAAUUCUUGGAAGCUGAAUGUGAUGAUGACAGCAUACUAGAGUCACAUCAUGGAAAUUUCUCAUUCUACGAAAUGGUGGAGAUGAAUCGUGAUGAUGCUCUUCAACUUUUCUGUGAGCGUGCCUUGGGUCUUGCCAAGCCGCCUUUUGAUUACAUGAAUAUUUCUGGUGAUUUAGUCAAUGCUCUUGGAGGACUUCCGUUGGCUCUCGAUGUCAUAGGUUCCACACUUCGUGGGAAAUCCCGAAGUAGAUGGGAUCAUGUUCUACAGAAGUUGAAGCAGGUGUUAAAUGAGGAUGUCAAGAAGAAGUUGAUCAUAAGUUACGAGGCAUUGGACUCUUGUCAACAACAAAUUUAUCUUGAUAUUGCAUGUUUCUUCAUCAAUCAAGAGAAAAUAACUGCAAUUAAAUAUUGGGAUGCGGUUUUUGGGUAUUCCACUGAAAUCGAAAUCAAGAUCCUCAGACGUAUGUCUUUGAUAAAGAUAAUCAAAGGUGACAAACUAUGGAUGCACGACCAACUUCGAGACCUCGGAAGGCAUAUCGUCUGCCCAGAAAGUCACGAAAUCCAUCUAAGGGGCAGCAGAUUGUGGUCUCCUAAGGAUGCCUUUCGUGUAGUGCAGAGUAAAAUGGGAAAUGAAAACAUAGUGGCGCUCAAUCUUGGUAUGCCCGAAUCUGAUGUGACAUACAUUUUUAAACGCAAGGAAUUUGCGAGGAUGGUCAACCUUAGGUUCGUUCAAUUGGACCGUGGAAACUUCGAAGGAGACUUUAAAGAUAUUUUCUUAGAGUUAAGAUGGCUCUCUUGGAGCAAUUGCCCUUCGAAAUUUCAAGCCACAAACUUUGGGUUGAAGAACCUAGUGGUUCUCAAUCUUUCUGGGAGAAACAUUACUGAAGACUGGGGAGGAUGGUGUCAAAUCAUGGUAUCACAACAGUUGAAAGUUCUACAACUCGAGUAUUGUCCAUCCCUUAGAAAGAUGCUCAAAUUCUCCCCAACCUUGCGAUUGGAGAGAUUGAUUCUUAGAUGCCCUCAGCUAAGAGAGAUUGAUGAGUCCAUCGGCAGUCUAAAAUCAUUGACAGAGCUAAGAAUACGAUCUCAACGACUCUCAGUAUUGCCUUACUCGAUUGGUAAUUUAGUGAAGCUGAAGCAUCUAAUCUUGACAUGCGGGGAACUUCGAGAGCUUCCCGACUCUAUUGGACAAUUGGAGCUACUAAUCGAGCUGGAUAUCAAUGAUACGAGAAUCAAAGAAUUACCUUAUUCCAUUGGAAAACUAGAAAGGUUGAAAAUUUUUAUGCUCCCACGUCUCAGUUUAGAAAAGCUGCCAAACUCGAUUGGGAGGCUCCAAUCAUUGGUCGAGUUGGAUAUGAAGGAUUCAACAAUCAAGAUAUUACCUGAUUGUGUUGGAAAUCUGAAAAAGUUGAAGGUACUAAAUCUGCAUUGUAGCAGCAUAAGCGAACUUCCGAAAACCAUAGGAAUGUUGGAAAAUCUCGAAGAGUUGCGGGCCCAGCGUGCUCUGAAGAGGGAAAUUCCAAGUGAGAUUGGGGCACUAUCCUCGUUGAAAAUUCUAGACUUAUCGGGUGGCGAAUUUGGUGGGUUGCCGGCAACCAUCAAUCAGCUUACAAAUCUCCAAGAACUUGAUUUAGAGGGCUGUCAUUCAAUUCAUCGGCUGCCGGAGCUUCCUAAGAGUCUUACGUCGUUAAAAAUGUCAUCGAAGUCAAUGACCACAAUCCCCGACUUCUCAAACCUAACCAAUUUAGUUAGUCUACUUAUAGUCGGAAGUUCAGUGGAAGAACCCAACAUAGAGGGGCUUCUGAGACUAAGUGCCCUGAGGUCUUUGACCCUGCGCGUUGGAAAAGGAACCUGGCCUCCAGCCGAUUUCAGUUCCCUCUCUCAGCUACAAGAACUCCAAAUAAGUUAUGCUGACUCCCGAUCUCUUACCAGGCUUCCAUCCAGCCUUCGAACUUUGAUGUUAGAGGAUGUCCAGUCAGCGAUAGAUUGGUCACUCUUUUCCAACUUGGAGAAUUUGUCAUCGCUGUCUAUUGGGGGAUAUUCGCUCACAGAGGUGAUGCUCGACCGUCCAUUGCUCAAGACGCUGACCGCUCCGCCUUGUCUGAAGGAGAUCCGGUGUUUGAUCCUGGAACGAUUGCCUCAGCUUGCUGAGAUUCAGGAUUUGGGAGAACUGAAAUCAUUGCAGGAGUUGCGUAUCAGGGACUGCAAUUCCAUCAAAAGCUUAGAUCUGUCUAAUUUACGAAAUCUGAAACGAUUGGACUUUUGGAGGUGUGAAUCACUAGAGCACGUGUUGGGUGUACCAGAAUCUUGUAAACUCGACGUAGAGAACUGCCCGUGGUUCAACAAAGAUGGAUAAAGGUCUGGGAAUUUGAUGACUCUUGAGUCUUGACUCAUCGGUGAAUUAUUGUAGGGCAAAUGCAGCGACCUGUGUUGCUCCCUUUUGUAUCAUCUUUGUUUCCUGCAGCUCCAGAGAA